UCGUACAAUGGAGUGUUUUAUUUUGCACGAGGGAUAUAUGUAAAAAUCACAGGCAGUCGUGUCAUAAAAAGCUGCACUGGGAUUGCUUUUAGUAUGUUUGGGAAGCCAAAGCAGUUAUAGGAUCCUGCACUUUCUCAUAUCUCGGGCUGCAUAAAACACUCACACACACUGAAAACUGAUCCUUUUCUGUUUUCUCUGGAAUUUGCAGCCGAUUCAAUAGGCUCUAAUGAGCGUCAGCCUUUGCCUGUUGCAUGAGCCUCAGCAUCACACAGACUUAGCCAAGGUUUCCAAAGCGAACCACAAGCAUCCCCAGCCUUUGUCUUCAGAUGGAUGGAGACGUGAGCCAGGGAGAGUCUCUAAAGUGAGUGACCUGGAGCACAAGGGACGUUCUUGGCACUGGGCUUGGAAGGGAGAUACAUAUUACUGUUGACGAAUAGGAAUUCUCCAUCAACUUUUCUAUUUUUAUUAGAGGAGUUCAUCAAAGCCAAAAAUACUUUCCCUACAAAGCCGAAAGGAAUCUCCUCCAUGUCUGCAGGGUUCAUCUCUUAUCUUGGGAGCUUCCCUUGUUUCUACUUUAUUUUUAUUGGCCUCUAAAUUGAUGUGUUCAUAUAUUUUCUAGCUCUGGGGUUGGAUUGUUGCUGCUUCCCACAAGCUUGCUUGCAAGUACACUAGUCAGAGCCUUAUUCAAGGGGCCUCCUGGUGUUGUUUAGUGGGGUUUGGCCACUGGACCUUUUAUGAUGAAGAUAUUGAUUUUCCUCUGCUUGGCCAACCUGCUUGGACUUUUGGAAGGGUGUCAGUUGCCUCAUGACUGGAGACCACAAACAGAAGCCUGCAGAGCUGAGCUGGUGGAGACUGUAGUGUUUGCCAAGGUCUUGGCUCUGCACAAAGACAGCUACAGUGUGUACAACUACUUACCUUGGCAGUACAACUCAGACCUGUUCUUCUCCGCUGAGAUUGAGCUACUGUGCGACCAGGCCUGGGGCAGUAUGUUGGAGGUACCCACUGGCUCCAGGCUAAAUGUGACAGGAUUGGGAUACUUCCCCUGCCAUUCCUAUACAGUCAUGGAGAACAAUUCCUAUUACUUCUUCUUAAGGAUGGAUGAGAACUACAACCUCCUGCCCCACGGAGUCAACUUUCAGGAUCCCAUUUUUCCUGACUCCCCUGAAAAUCACCGCAUGUUUGCGAGUCUCUUCCAGUUUUCCAACUGUUCGUUUGGAAUUGAUCCCCAAGUCUACACCCCCGAUUGGGACGUCCAAGAGGAUCACAGGCUCCUGUGUAGCACAGUGCAGAGAGCUCUGCUGGAAGAAGAGGAACGGGUGAAGAACCUGUCUCAGAAGGUCAGGAUGCUGGAGAAAGCCAACGGGCAUCUAAGAGAGAAAGUGAAAAACCUCAAGCGAUCUUUGCGUCAAGCUACCAUCGAGAAUAAGGAGGCUUUGCAGGCCAAGUGUCUCAACAAGGAGAACGGUGGCAAAGACUCAAAGACAAGCAAUCACAAGAAGGUCCUGGCGAGAGCACCCAAGAAACCCACAGGAAACAGGUUGGACUAGGCCGGGAUUCUACAAUGUUCUCUGGACUAAAAUGGCUGCAUCAAGAAGCCCCCAGAAGCAAAAUAUCCUUCUGAUACAGCAGGUGUAUAUUCCGAGGUCUCUGCUUAUAUCUGUCUAAUCGCAAGUUAGUAUAAUCUAACUACUGAUUGGUUGCUAUUGGUUCCUGGGUGAAACACCUAAAAUUUUACACCUUAAAAGAAUCAGCUGGUACAUGUAUGGUAGCCACUUAAUUGGACUCUAUAACUUCUGCAUAAAUAUAUACAGUAUGUACAGGUAUAGAACCUAUUAUCCAGAAUGCUCGGGACCUGGGGCUUUCCAGAU